CUCAAGGAUCCCUCCGAUUUCUGCAGUACCUCGACCACCGCACCGGACGACAAGUCGUGGUCGCUCGAUACAAGCACAGGGAGUCACGUCAUCACUGUUUCGCGAGCGUCGACUGCAUUUCGGAAAUCCGACAGCCAGCGACCGACAAAAUGAUUAUCCCGAUCCGUUGCUUCUCGUGCGGCAAGGUGACCGGCGACCUGUGGGAGAAAUUCGUGAAGCUCAUCGAGGAGGAAGGGCUCUCCGAUGGUGACGCCCUGGACCAGCUUGGCUGCAAGCGGUACUGCUGCCGGCGCAUGGUUAUGACUCACGUCGACCUCAUUGAGAAACUGCUCAAAUAUACGCCGGACGGUCGCAACUACAAGAAAAUCGAGAUGCAAACACGCAAUCAGGAAGAGCGCUGAUUAUCUGGCCUGCUGUUCAGCAUGCAUAUACAUCCUGGCGUUAAGAGAGGGUGGGCAGCCAUGCAUUUUUUUGGGAGGCGCAUUUGGUCUGGCUCCCAGGACGGCGUCAUGGUUGGCUUUCGAAUUCAAUCAGGUUGAUGAACAGUGUUGGGCCGGGCUAUCGGACCCGACUCUUGUUCAAGGAAUCAGGCAACCUGGUCGAGAAGCGGCACUGCUGGGGUGGUGGAGGCCGGGACCAACCGCAUAUAAAUCGGUCGGCAAGGAUUGUGGCACGAUGCAUCU